GUAGCUCGUCUCUGAAGGCAGGAAAAACAAAACACUAGCUCAAAAUAUAGCAGCAGUUCUCUGUGAAUGGGGCUUUCCGAUAUGUAAACAGUAAUGCAAAGCCGUUCAAAACACAACAGGGACUCACCCUGCUUCAUUCUGAUCUCACCAAUGCCUACCUAAUUAAGUAAUGGCGACUCUGAAAGAAGUAGAUCACACAGCUGCGAAAGGAUCAGACAUGGAGCUUCCAGCACAGGGAGAUGUAUUUGGGGAGCAGCCUUAUGAGACACUGGAAAGAAGACAUGUUGAUGCUCUUCUAGAUAUUAGUGAGGAGGAUUUAUUGAAAGAACAGGAGCCAUAUGAGUAUCAUUGUUACUCUGGUCGGGAAGAAGCUGUCCGGGGCUGGGCCAGAGUUGCUCCACUGAGCUGCAUACUUUUGACACAGAAGAGAUACAGAAAAGCAAAGCAUAAGGAGGCUGACAACAUGGCCCCCUUGCCUGUUGACCCACCACUCCCUAAUACAGACCGCUCAGCCAGCAUUGCAGAGCGCCGCUGGGAGUCACAUGCAGGCCCUUCUAACAGCUUUAAGAAAUCUACUCUAUUAAACCAACAGAUGGGAUCUUGUCAUAAUGCUGCUGUGGCAGCUUUGCAGCCAGAUACAUCACAGUGGUCUGUCCUCAGUGUCAUGCAGAAAAUUGAGUCAAAGCGCUUUCUUAACAAAAAGACAGAGGAAGAAGGGACGCGCAGGGACACUCCUUUGCAGCUUCACCAUCUGUCCUCAAACUACUCCAUGUCAGAGAACAGGCCCACUAAGCCUCAGAAAUACAGCCAAAGGCCCAAUAGUGCACUGGUUCCCAUUAAAAACAUUACAUUUUUACCACCAAUCAAAUCACCACACCUGAAUCUUAAAGACGGUGGCCAGCUCUGCAUUUGCAAGAAAGCGCCAGAAGGAGAAUCUUUGGCUGGAAAUUGUUUCGAUUUUGAUAAGAAGAAUGGGACACUGGGAACAAAAGUGGACCAUGUUCCUAACACAGGGCUUUCCUCUUAUUCUGCAGCUCUGACCUCCAAGUACUGGACAUGUCAGGAUGACCUCCACUUGUUCUCUGCUCUAAGUGAUUCUGUGCCCAGGAACUAUCAGGCACUCGUAUCUUCCAAGCCUAUUAUGGUGGACCGCACUAGCGUCUUCAUGGGCAAGAGUCUCACAGAGGCCCUCCACUGUAGCACUGCAGCCAAUGUCAAUAUGCACACCAGCUGCCUGUCCUCUUAAAAAACAAUAAUGUGGAUGCUAUCAAGCUGGAUGUGGCCUGUGAAAUAAAUGUUCAACAUGAUAGGUGACGACACUCAGGUUGGCCAACAACUCUCAAGUUCCACUGAGUAAAAUAACCUGCUUAAUCUUAUUUUGUAUGUAUACCUCAUCCUCACUGCAUCACACAGUGUUUCCAUUAAAACAGUCAACUGAAAGAACACAUUCAAUGUAUGGGACGUUUACAGAAUGAACUUAUAGGCAUGCAGAGGUAAUUCAUUUGGCUUAGUGCUUAGUUAGGCAUAGCAUUUCAGACCAUACAAACAGUCAAAUGAAGAUUGAAAUGUUAAGCUCUCUGCUUGUCACUUGGGCCUUUAUCUUGUUCUGUCCAGUUCCCACAAGUGCUUUUUCUGCUGUUCUAGUUACCUAGCAACAGUGCAGCUACCUCAUAAGAAGCACGAAUGUGUAUCUGUUUCACGCGUCUUCCUUUUAAAAACAACUACAAGCUAUAGUUCUGCUGGAGGACGGGGUUUGUGUUAUUAUUUAGCAUACAGAGGCAAUCAGUGCAGUAUUAUGCUUAAACAUAGUGUGUCAUGUUGAUCUCCAAAUGCCAGCCGAUUACUACUGUAAGAGUAUUUCAACUGGAAUGAUGUUACUUUGCUUUAUUAUACUGCCUCUUUGUUGUUUAGCUCCCAAGUAAAAUGAUUUAUUCUAAAGUGUUACAGUACUAAAUAGGCUAAACACUUGCCUUACAUGAUUGUGCAUAUGGAAGGUUUACACUGAAGUGAUUUGUAACGAGUCGCUAUAUCCAGAUCACUGCAACAUUCUGAAAGAGUACAUGCUGUCCUUACUUCAAACCCUGGGUUGUGGGCACUUUGUCAACACGUCAAUGACCCUAAACAUUCUUCCAUGGUCAAUGCUGCAUUCUUACGGAAGAACAAGGUUAAAGGGAGUGGACAAGUAUGGUUAGUUUAGAUUAGUUUCUUCUUUUCUUUCAGUAAGUUGUAAAAUCAUGCUUCUGAUCAAUUCAGCAUUUGUCUCCCAUUUAGCCACCUUACCUGCAUUGACCAGUUCAGAUAGUUUUCUCACCACGGUCACUUUAGCGUCCUCAGAAGUUCCAUUUUAACUUGAACCAAACUUUACAAUUUCAUGUCCAGGUUGCUUGAAUUUUCUCUUUUUAGAAUAUAUGCUUGCCAAGCAAAUCCCUGGCUUGUUGCAGAAGAUCAGAUUAUUAUAUUUCCUAUUUGAGAGUCUGAAAAUUAAUGCAGAUCUAUUUUUUUGUUUUUGUGUGGAAGCAUAUGGCAAGCCACCAUCAUGUUACUCUGUAGUCAUGUCUUUGAUAGCAAAAAAUUAAAUCACCUGCUUUUCCAGAGACUGUAGUUCUCCUUGAGGUCCAUCUCCUCCAUCCUCUUCUCCGGCUGCUGCUCUAGCAUAUGUUUGAUGCCUGGUCUCCAAUCUAGUUAUGAUAACAUCUUCCAUCUUGGUGUAUUGGUCCAGGUUCUCAGUCCUCUUCUCCAGUUCCCCGAUCUCUUAAUCUUUCUUUGUUACAACCACCUGUGGAGAAUUUUGAAAGACAGGUAGAGGAGCAAUUCCCAGUAAAAAAAAAAAAUCACAACAGGAAUACAUGCUCUAGAAUAUUGUUUGUAUUUUGUGUGCUCAUUUAUACAAACCUUCAUCUGAGCAAAGUUGACUGAUUUCUCUCACAGUUAGUGACAAAUCCGUUAUUAGGCAUGUUGAAUACAUUUAAAUUAUGAAA